UCCGCCCCCCUCCUCCUCAAGCAGUCGGAGCCAGACGGAGUGUUUACCAUGAGCCGAGCUUCCACUCAGCUGUAGUUCCUAGAUGAGGGAUUCAUGUUUUCCUCCCAUUGGAUCGCAGUGGCUGCGGGAGCCGCACGUGCCGUGACGGGGACAGACAGUGAAGACGUUAGAGGGCGCGAGGAGGGUUUCAGUCCACUUUCCACUUCCUAAACAGACCGAGACCGCCUCUUAACGGGGCUGCAAAACGUUCGAAGGGAGGGACCCAAGAGGCAUCCUGAUCAGAUGUUCAAAUCACCUCAACUGAAACGUUUUGCUUUGAAGGAGCAUCAUCUCUACUCUAAGCUCCCUGUGGAUAACAGAAGUUCUCAAUGUAAGGUUGAGCACAACCACUGUAGGCUCAACAUGUAGCUACAGUGGCUUGUAUGCAAGACGUCAUUUUGGAUGGGAUCCAUUUCUCAGAAAUGGGGUGUAGGCUCCCAAAGCUGAGGAAGGCCGAGGAAAGGCAUAGCCCUGGCAACAUCUACUCCACCCUAAGACGGCCUCAAGUGGAGACUAAAGUUGGAGUGGCCUACACCUACCACUUUCUGGAUUUCCUGUUGGGGAAAGAAGAGGUGUCGGUGUCGUCUGUGCUCUGCCUGUCAUCGGUCAGAGAGCUGCCAGUUCAGGUCAGGGAACUGUACGCUCAGGGCUUUGUCCUGGUGGCAGUCCACCCCUUCGUCCACCCCUGCGGCCCUCGCCAUGCUCACAUCCAGCGCCAGCUCCACCGGGCCGUGUUGGUCCGAGAGACUCAAAGUCCAGAGAAAAGCCAGCUGAGGUGGGCGAGAAACCGUCUGGAGACGGAGGUUUGCGUGGCCAGUCAACAGGCUGCUGACCCGGAAGCCAUCCAGAACUAUGUUAAGAAGAUCCAGGAUGUGGCAGAGCAAGGGGUGAUGUUUGUGGGAUUUCUACAACAGCCGGGAGGAGGGCCGUAUUUUUUGGGACACUGGGACCCAGAGGAGCUGUCGUCCUUGCAUUCAAGCCCGUCGCCAAUACAUCGGCAUCCUUUCAGCACUAAUACGAGCCCAACGGAGCCAGACCUGAAUGGUGAAGAUGCUGAUCUCUGCUGCUGCGAAUCACAAGAGUUGGAUUAUGGGGCUGUGGAAAGUGUCAAACAGGACCAAAACUCCUCAGCGUCCAGAAAACCAAACUUCAGCCUCCUGAAGCACCCGGUAAACUCUCCUCAUAACCCAGAAGAGCUUUGUGAUCAAAUAAUAACCUCACAGAUUGGUGCCAAGGACUUCAAUAAACCUCAUAAUCACGUCAAACCUGAAGCUCACAACAUGGCAGAAGUCCAGAGCAAACGGUCAAGUCUGAGCCUACCAGAAACAGCAGUCACAACGAGGCUGCCAGAGUGUAGAUCACAAGAGACUAAACAGCACUUCACUGCAUCCACAGAGAAACAUCUUAAUGUCUCCAAACAGAGAGAAAGGAGAGUUUCCAGCCCAGACAGCUGGCUCAGCUCUCCAGAGCUGGAUCGUAACCAUGACAGAAGAUCUGACUCAACGCAGACAGAUGGGCAAAGACGCGUGACAACACAGAACAACAAUCACAUCAGGCUGAAGAAUUCUGGAAACGACACAGGUUCAAGCUCACCGCCGGCACAGGCUAGGAUGCAACUGUUUGCACUGUACAACCACACAGAAGAGCCCGACACGUCCCUGAGGUUCUACUCUCUCAGGGUGCCUCUUCACGUUCAAAAGGAGGCGGAGGCGAUCACAGACGUUGAUGCAAACUGGCUCGACCACAUGACUCAGCACUUUAGCAGCGGGGCGCAGCUCAUUGAUGGGUUUUUCCACCUCACAGACAACCAUGACAGUGGCGUUUCAUCUGUGGACAGCGUUUUCAUCUUCCAGAGCUCUGCAGAGGAGACCACAGACACCUCCUAUGACGCCAUCGUGGUUGAGCAGUGGACUGUUAUAGAUGGCGUUGUGGUGAAGACUGAUUACAUCCCGCUGCUCCAGUCCUUAGCUCCAUAUGGAUGGAGACUGAUGUGUGUGCUGCCAACACCCAUUGUCAGAACAAACAGAAACCGCAGGCAGCAGAGCCUGGAUUUCAGCUCACGCAGCGCUAAUGCAAGCUCCCUGAAUUAUAACACGAGACCCAUUUUGCAACGCAGGAGAAAAGACUUCAAGAUGCUGAACCUCAGAGGUCGCAGCAAGGCAAAGAAACACUCAGCCGGGGAGGCUCUAGACGAGCAAGAGAACAAGUCCCUCGUGAUAGAGACUGAGAUGGACAGGCUGAGGAUCAACGAAGAGGAAGAGGAGGCAGAGGCGGAGGGGAGGAAGAGAGGGGACAGCGGAAGGAGCCAAAGAGCGGGCCUUCAGAAGAGCGGAGACGAGGCGCAGCAUCAAAAGGCCUUCUCCCUUCUGCUGGAGCGCAGGGCUUCUGUCGAAUAUCAAGAGGAGGAAACCGAUGUCGACGCCAUCCCACUGCCCAGGCUGGAGAAGGCGGUGAGGUGGACGGAUUUCUGUCCGGGUGACGUGAGGGGGAUGAAGGAAAAGGUCAGGGUGGAGGAGCGCAUCAAACAGCAGCUGUUCUCCGGCGUUUGUUGACGCGUCUGCGAUCGGAGGGAAGGAAAAGCUUUUAAACAUUCAGUUUGAAUUCCUGUGGAAGAACUAAUCUGGAGUAAAGCAUAUACAGUGCUGUGAAAAAGUAUUUGUCCACUUGGAAGUUCUCCAACAAAGUGAAACCAUAAGAAAUGUGAAAUGGGUAAAUACCUUUUUGGAGAACUUUGGUACAUUUUUCUUGUGUUCAUUUGGUAAAGGUGCGCUGUAGAGUUUCCUGCUUUGUUUUGUUGACUGUUUUUGUAAAAAUUGUUAGAAAUGUACAGCGCGGCACAGCUUCUCCUGCCAAUGCCUUAAGUAGGACAUAUGUUUGAGGAUUUUUUUUUUACGUUUGCUAUCUAUUUCUGGCUAAUGUGACAUCAAUUUGCCCUAUUGCCGACCACUUCACAUCUGUAAACCAACCAGCUAGUAUCCAUGUCCUUAGUCAAUCCAUAGCAGUUUCUUCUUCUGGUAUUUAAAUAUUUUGAUGAAUUAUGGAGACAAAUAAUCACAUCACAAAACCCUUGAAUUUCUCAUAGAAACUAGUUUAUUUACAAAUUAUUUUCUGAAGAAAUAGAUUAUUUAUUAGUGUGACUUGUGGGUGGUAAAAAAAAAAAAUUAAAAUAAUAAAAAAUAAAAAUCAACCAGCGGCAACACAGUUGGGGACAAAAAGAUCCAAACUGCAAAAUGGCAAAGGGCCAAAAUGACCCCCAUGAGGAACUCCUGAAGGACUGCAGGUGACCUUUGCCCCUUUUCACCAGCUGUUUCUAAAGCUGCUAUGAAAAUAUGUUGUUUUGUAAAUAAAGAGUGAGUUUCUUAGUUGUAGUCCAGGUUGUAAUCAUCAUAUGCGGUGAAAGGUAAACGUUUUCUUAUUUUGGAGGGGGAGUUUGAAGUUUACUCACAGUACAAAUAAAUGUAAAUAAAUGUAAAUUUAUUUGUACUGUGUCUUGCAAACGUAUUGUCGCUUUUUGAGCAUUGCCAUAUUUUUUUACUUUUACAAUCUUAUACUUGGAUUUAUAUUUUCAGUAACAGUCACAAAGCUGCAUGCCACUGUUAAGUGGAAAGAAAAUGCGACUUGGUUUCCAAAAGUUUUUAAACACAAAAAACAAAAUGUGCGCCGUGCGUUUCUUUUCAGCUUUUCUGCUUAAUACUUUGUAGAAUCACCUUUCACUGCACAUAAAGUGGCAGGACUGAUGCCACUGAUGGACUGAUGGGGGUAUAGAGCUACUAAAUUUACACAUCUAAAGACUGAAAUGCUGCCUCUACUAUGUUUUGCCAUGGCGUGUGUCCAGUGCUUUAUGAAUGCAAGUUAAAAAGUUUCAUUUUGGCGUUCCAAUCAUCUUCCACAGUUUUACACAAGCUUCUUAUGACUUUGUUUUAACAAUGGCUUUCUUUUGGCUACACUUCCAUAAACAGCUUCCCCUACAGUCUUCACAACAGGUGGAUUUAUUCUGUCAUCAAGUCACACACAAGUGGAAGCUGUUUAGUAAUAUGAAACAGCUUGAUUACACUGGAUUUUAACUGAAGUGCAAAAAGUAAAAUAAUCCAAAUUCCCGCCACACUUUUUAAAUUAUUGCAGAACAAGUUUAUUUUCCUUCCACUUGACAUUGCUCACUAUUUCCUGUGUCCAUCUGUCAUUAAUGGUAACAAAAUGCAUUGAAGUUUCUGUUGCACGACAAAAUAUGCAUAAGUUCCAAAUUGGAGUUUUACAGACAUCUAUUGAAAAGACGCUUCAAUAGAUGUGUUGACUAGGUAAGCAAAUAAUCUAUGUUCCUAAGCGUAUUUGAAAUCCGCAGCAGCAAAUUCACAGCCUGUUUAAAGAGGCUCUCAGUAACAGUACAAUAUCAUCACUGCAAAGAUCAAACAAACCUUUCUAUAAGAGAGCAAUGAAAUCACAAGACAGCAGAGGCAGAUGAUGAUGGCAGCGAAAUGAGAAAUCAUUACAACAUUAGGUCAGGUGAAAAACAAAUUCCAGGAAGUAGACCUGUCCCUGUCAAAUCAAAAGCAAAACGGAAACCUUCUCGUACUUCAAAAAACCGGCCAAACAAGUCUUUAGAUUAGUCAUCGCUGAAGUAAACAGUAGAGGCAGAUAAACUAAACGGGAAAGGUUUGGAGCAAAUCAAAUUCAUUCUUUGUCCAUUUGAUGUUUCAGAUGGAUAUGAAUUUAAAAUGAAUAUUUCAGUCAUACUUAUGGGAACUUAGAUAAGAUCAGCUUAGUUGUAGAUUCACUGCUUUACAGUUCUACAAUUUGGAAAAAGUGCUGCCUUUCAUCAAGUGGAAAGAUCUUCCAACUCCAAACUCAAAAUUUAGACCAAUUACCAGCAUAUGCAUUAUCCAACUCCAAAAAACUAAGUGAUAACAUGACAAGAGGAAUACAAUUUUCAAAUAUCCACGUGAUUCUUGUAGUGAGUAUUUUAAAAGGUACAACCUUUCGUGUGCUUUGCCGUUUUUCUCAAAAGCUGAAGGCAAUAGAACAGUUUUAUUUGCAAUAAAUGACCCAAGAAUGUGUUAUUUAGAAAUGAGCUCUUUAUUUGUUUCCUGGACUACCUGUGAAGUGUGUGAGCGGUGUAACAGUUAGGCCUUGGUUUAACAAGAAGGUCAAUAAAGUGUUUGAAGCCCA